UGACCUCAGUGACAGCAGACAGGUGUCUCCUCUGUUCGAGUCUCAGAGGACUUUUACCAGCGGUCCUCCUGCUGCGGGGACGUGGACACAGCAGCUGUCUCCUCACCUGCAGAGGAACAGACAGCUGCAGGAUGCUCUGCAGCAGAGAGAGGAGCAGCUGGCCCGGUUGCAGGAGGAGAACAAGAAGCUCCGACAGUUCCUCAGCUCCUCCUCCCUGAGGAACCUGCAGCUGAAGGCUCAGAAACUGACACCAGACGGGAGGAGGAACCUGAGGAGAACCCUGACCGGACCUCCUCACAUCUCCAAACAGAUCAGCAAGAGGGUCUGCAGGAAUCUCAUGACCCAGUUCUGCUCCGACCCCUGCUCAGAACCRAACCUGGACCUCUGGGUCCUGAGAAGUCUGGGACUGAAGGACCAAGACAUCGUUGAUACAUCCAGGGAGUCCUCACCUGAAGACAGCUUCAGAGAUUUGGGUUUUGGUGAGUCCUCCUCUAGAUGGACACCUGGUUCCUGUUUCAGUUCUCCAGUGGACCCGGUGACGCCGUCAUCGGUCUACAGCUACUGCCAAAACCCAGAACCGAAACCUGGUCUUAGACUCUCCUACGAUGGGCCUGAUAGUCCACCUGUGUUCCCUCAGAACUGUUUAAAAACUCCAGAGGACUUCACCAGACUGACUGGAUCUUACAGGUCUGAUGAAGCUCUGAUCCUGAACCCAGACGCAUCAGGGUCCUUCUUCUCAGACCAGACUGAGUCCUGUUCCAUCAAAGGUCUGUGUCCAUUUCAAACCCAGGACAGAAACCAAGAACAACAGUUGUCUCACUGGUCUUCACUGCCACAACACUGGACACCAUCUGGGUUGUCCUCUUCAAGUCCAGUCCCAAACAAACCCUGGACCAGUUCUAGUGUUUUCACCCCAAAAAUCCCACCAGCAGGACCUCAGCCUCAUGAUCCACUACAGGUACCUCACAGACAGGCAGGUCUGGCUUUUAGCAUGUCCCUGUCUCCGUCCAGCRGCGUGAAGACCUUCAGCUUCCCCCAGGGACAGGCCUUCAUCAGGAGGGACACCG